GGGCGUUGAUCAGCUGAGGCAGAGUGUAUAUAAAGUGCUGAGCCGAGGCUUUCCGCUCAGCUGUUGUUCAAACAUCAUUGUUUACCUUUCGACGUCGGAAGACUUGGCUUAAACUUUCCGGGGAAGUUUGUUUUGCCUGAAAAAAAGUCAUUGCAAGACUACAUUCAACAUGGAAAUAUUCAUCACUAUGCUGAGUGGGUCUUCUCACACCGUGAGGGUGAACCCACAGGACACAGUUGGCUCUCUGAAAAGAAAAAUCCAGAGCAUGCUGAAAGUCGACCCUCAGAGGCAGAGGCUAGUUUUUAGCAAUGGUCACAAAACCCCACUCAACGACGACUCCAAAUCCAUCAGCCACUACGGCCUACAGCAGGGCUCCCAGGUGUCUCUGCUGGUCACCGAGCCUGUUCCCAUCCAGGUGUUCCUCAAAAAUGAAAAGGGACAGACGAGCACCUACGACAUCCAGCCCGACGAGACUGUGAGCAACUUCAAGAGAAGAGUCGAGAGCAGAGAGAGGGUGCCUGCGAGCCAGCAGAGGCUCAUUCACGAAGGUAAAGAGAUGCAGGAUGGCAACAAACUGGUGGACUACAACGUUAGAAACCAGAGCACCAUCGACAUGACUUUACGUCUGAGAGGAGGCUGAGGACACUUUUACAGUUCAUCUACCAGAAAACCCAUGGACGUUAUUUACUAUUAAUCAUCUGGACCAUUUUUAGAUAUAUAUUUUUUAUUUAUUAGUACUUUUUUAUUUGGAAAACAAAAACAUUCCAAUGGACUGUGCAGCGUGUGUUCAUUAACAAUUUUGCAAACCUAUGUUAAAGUUUGUUUUCUCUUGGCACAACAGAUAUGUAAUUCAGACAAACCAACAUCUUAUAAGUUUUUCUGACAAAUACGUAUUAAAUGUGCACUGAUUACUGAGAAUAAAGUUUCUAACGAAA